CAUAGCUCCCUAUUUUGGAAGCUGCUGAUGGAACGGUAAGACCAAAGCUUGCAGCUGCAGGUGAGGGGCAGGGCGUACGAUUCUCAGAACACCGAGGAUGUCCCACCUCGUGAUUCUACUGGGGAUUUGUGAUUCCUAAGCCUGCGGUGCCACCCGUCAUCAUACGGGCCGACCGAUGUACUGUGGUAUAAGUAGAAGUCAGAUUUAUUUUCUCGUGCGGAAGACUUUAAUAAGAAAAAGUCUGGUUUCUGGACGACGACAGGGCGAUCAUGACACCAGCACGCGUUGAGCAGGAGGAGACAUACGACUACAUCAUCUGCGGAGGAGGCACCUCAGGCUGCGUGAUCGCCGGCCGCCUCGCCGAAAUCCCUAACACCUCCAUCCUCGUCCUAGAAGCCGGGCCCGACCAUGCCGACCUCGAAAACGUGCACAUGCCCGGCGGAUGGAGCGCAAACUUUGACAGCGAAACCGACUGGAAUAUUAUCGGCGAGCCGCAAUCCGCUCUCAAUGACAGGUCUGUCAAGCACAGUCGAGGACGGUUCCUCGGUGGCUCGAGUGGCGUGAAUGGCACGCUUUGUAUCAGAGGGUUGAAGACGGAUUAUGAUGAUUGGGGGCUUGAGGAGUGGACGGGGGAGAAGAUGUGGGGAUACAUGGCAAAGGCAGAGACCUUCCACCCCAAACCCUGGUUCCAAGAAGACAAAUCCGUCCACGGCACCUCAGGCCCUCUGCACAUCGCACCCCACGACCUCCCGCCCAUCUCCGAGCUCGUCAAAGAAUCAAUGAUCGACCGCGGCCUCCCGUUCGUCCCAGACAUGUUCACCACCGGAGAGACGCCCCAUGGAUGCGGCCACGUAAUGCGCACGAUCCACCAGGGAAUUCGAUCCACCGCCGCGGACUUCAUCACCAAGGGCUUCCGACGCGAGAACAUCACCAUCAAGACCGACGUCACAGUCGACAAAGUGAUCCUCUCAAAAGCCGACGACGGCGAGCUCACCGCCACAGGCGUCCUAGCCCUCUCCAAAGAAGGCGCCCAGGUCUCCUACAAAGCCCGCAAAGAAGUCAUCCUCAGCGCAGGCGCCUACUGCAGUCCCCCCAUCCUCCUGCGCUCGGGCAUCGGUCCCAAAUCCGAGCUCCAAAAACACGGAAUCGAAUGCCAAGUCGACCUCCCCGGCGUCGGCAAGAACCUGCAGGACCACGUGCUCUGCUUCAUAUUCUACGAAGUGAGCCGGCCAGACCUAACCCUCGACGCGCAAGUCUACCACGGCACCAGCGCAGCCAGCACAUACAAGCUGUACAAAGACACCAAAACGGGGCUCCUCUCCACCUUCCCCUUCGGCAUGUUCGCCUACUCGCGCCUCUCAGACCGCCUGCAGGACUCGCCGCUGUGGACCAGCGCCCCGCACCCGCCCGGUCGAGACGCCAUGCACCUCUCCGCCGCGCAACCGCACGCCGAGAUCUGGAACACCGAGCUCUACGGCGGCCCCAAGCAGCUGACCGACUUCCCGACCGACGGCCAGCACGCCUUCGCCAUGUGCCCGCUGCUGUUCAGCCAGCGGUCGCGCGGCAGCGUGACGCUGAAGAGCAAGGACUGCCGCGAGAACCCCGUCGUGGAUCACAAGUACCUCGAUGAUCCGCUGGACAUGCUGGUCAUGAGCGAGGCGUGCCGGCUUGCGAACGAGAUUGCGGUCAAGGGGAAGGGGACGCGGGAUGUGGUCAAGGGGAGCUGGCCGCCGCAUUUGAAGCACCAUACGUAUGAGACGAGGGAGCAGUGGGAGGGCUAUGUGAGGGAGCAUGGUACGACUUGCUAUCAUGCGUCUGGUACAUGCGCCAUGGGUAAGCCUGAGGACAAAGACGCGGUGCUUGACUCCCGUUUGCGCGUGAGAGGCGUCAAGAACCUGCGUGUUGCCGAUGUGUCCUCGAUCCCUAUCCUCAAUAAUGGGCAUACGCAAAUGGUGGCUUAUGGCAUUGGCGAAGGUGCUGCGGAGUUGAUCAAAGCUGACGCUGGGGUUGUUUGAGAAAAGUAAAUACCCGUCAUUGCGGAAGGGAUCCCGCUAGCAUAGGCCUAGAGCAGUCAAUAUUGUGAAAGCCCCCGAAGUGUGAUAUGGUGCUCGGAUUGUGCAUGGGAUACUU